CACGGGAAUACACCAGCAGGAUGAAUAUGUCAAACACACCGCGGUCCUUUUUCUGCUUCACCUGCGCGUGCGUAGAAUGUAGGUAAAGCGCAGGUCCGCCCCCGCGACCCGCUUCUAGGGGAAGCUGGGCUCUUUUAAAUGCAGUGCGUAAUUGCAGCUGAGAAUGUGUUGAAUUCUUCAAAUGCACGAAAAUGGAAUUUCCCUUCGAUGUCGCCGACAUCCUUCCGUUUAAAGUGAAUGUUGUUGAAAGUGACUUCGUUGUGAAAGAUGCAGCUACGGUGCAGCCUUUGAAAUUGCAAGAGGACGAGAGCUUUCGAUCGAGUAGCUUGUGUUUUAGAGACCGUGUAGAUUUCCUAAUCCUUCCGGACUCCCUCAGCAGCAACCUGGAAAAACUGGGCCACGUGAUAAAUGUUUUCGGAGAGCGCUCUGCAGCGGCCCAGUAUCUACCAGCACCUAUCACUUCUGCAGAGAAAUUGGCGAAUUCUCGUCACAGGCUGUACAUACUUGUCAACCAUGAUGAAAGCGGGAAAAGCAUUGUGGUAGGGAUACUCAAAGUAGGACACAAAGAAUUGUUCUUGUCCUCGGGCGAAGAAGGGUCCUCACCUCGCUGCCUCACUCCCUUGUGUGUGCUCGACUUUUACGUGAACGAGCAGCAGCAACGGUGUGGCCAUGGACGCUUCCUCUUCGAUGCAAUGUUGCAAGCGGAAGGAGGCAUGCAUGCCGCAAAGCUUGCCAUCGACCAGCCCUCCCCCAAGCUAAUAUCUUUCCUCGAGAAGCACUUCGCUCUACGGGAUGCACUCCCACAGAGUAACAAGUUCCUGGUCUUCAGGACGUUUUUCACCCUCUGUCCAGAACCACAGAGGACACAGGACUACUCAACUGGUGCAAAGAUCAGGUCCAGAGACAAGGAACGUCAAACACCAAGGUGCAAUAGGACUCAUUCAUUGGACUCCUCAUCAGUUGGCAGCUGUUUGGCCUGGUGGAGCUCCGAAUGUGGCUGGGAGCAGGCGCACACACCAAAAUCAAAAGUCUGUCACUCUCACUGGACUACAUCACAGUCUCCUGUCUCCAGGAUAGAGUACAGGUACAGGCUUAGCGGGCACACUCACGACUGCUCGUCCAUGUGGAAUGUCUUUGGCUUGGAACCUCCCGGUGAUCGUCGUGCAUCCUACCCCAGCCGCUCAAACGCCCCUACAGCCUCUCUUCGAGAUUGAGUCUCACUUUAUGUCACACCUCUCACUUACCUUAUUGUUUCAUUUUUUUUAAUUACAUUUUUACAGAUAUUACUAAUAUAUUCAUGUUGCCCUAACCACAGAGAUUAGAAGCAUUUAAAUUGUGCUUUUUGAUGCGAGCAUCUAAAGGAUGAGUGCUUUUUUGCACAAAUAAAUGGUUAGAAACAUUUA